UAGGAUUUAUUGCCCUGGCAAUCUCAAUUUUCUGAGAACAACUUGAGUGGACGGACAAUCAGUGAACACAAAUUCAUCAAAACUCAUCCCCACCACCACAGCACAUAGAUAUAUAGAAUUACUGUAGAUAUUUUCAUUCUUCCAUUUUAGGGGUGUGUGUUGAACCUUUGCAAGGUCGGUCAGUUAUCAUCAUACACCAAAAGCUAUAUACAAUGGUAGUCUUGAAUUGCUACAUCACAGUGACCUCCACAGCCACACCCAUCUCUCCGGACUCUCCAUCGACACCAUCACCACCAGACCCUAGACAGACCAAGAUCUUGCUCCCCAAGAAGAAGCCCCUCAAAUGGUCCACCGGAGUUGCCCCGGGGGACUACGGUGGCCCACCGGCCACUACGAAGCUUCGGAAGUACUGGGGCGGCGAAGGAGAGGACCCUAUCACCUCUGACGACUACAUUUGGAACAAAGACUUCAUGGGUAGGAUGAAACGGUUGAUUCAGGACCCUGAUGAGUCGUCUGAGCUUCAAUCGUCUCCUCCUGCUAAGGAGGCGUCUUCUGGGUUUCUUAGCUUUAAUAGGGUUAUGUCCCUUGACAGUUUGGAAGUUGAUUUGAGUAAAGAGCUUACAGCCCCUUCAAAACCUGUUAUAGAAAAGAAGGUUGAUACAACUCAAAAUGGUUUUCAGGCCAGUGUCAACAUUUCACGAAGAUGGAGACCAGCACCAACUCGGCGUGAGCAAGAGAAGUGGGACAGAGCAACUAAGGCUGCAACUGGAGGCAGUGAUGUGAUGCUUCGAGAAUCAAGGAGACCUCGUGGAGACCCAAAAGUUUUGGCUGCUCAGUCAAGGGAGCAGUAUUUAAAGUUGAAGAAGAAGUUGCAGAUCCUCACUUUGGGUGUAGGUGGAAUUGGUCUUCUCUCAGCCUACAUUUCGUAUUCUCCUGAAAUUGCAGCAAGCUAUGGUGCUGGAUUCCUUGGUUCUUUGGUAUAUAUUCGUAUGCUUGGGACCAGUAUAGAUUCUAUGGCAGAUGGAGCCAGAGGGAUUAUCAAGGGAGCAAUAGGACAGCCAAGGCUACUGGUUCCUGUUGUGUUGGUCAUGUUUUAUAACCGGUGGAAUGGGAUUCUCGUUCCGGACUAUGGAUUUAUGCACCUAGAAUUGAUACCAAUGCUAGUAGGAUUUUUCACAUACAAGAUUGCUACUUUUAUCCAAGCUAUUGAAGAAGCAUUGACUAUUGUUGAAAACAAGACUCAAGUCUAAUGGGAUGUACUUCCUGUGUGCAUGAGUUGCCCUCUUCUUAGGACUUCCGAUGAAACUACAAGUUGCGCAGAUUACUGUUUGCAUAUAUAUUGGCUGCACAAUAGCAAAGACAAUGAUCACCUGGAAAUGUGGGAUGGGAGAUAAUGUGAACAACCAUAACAUUGCCGGUGCCGUUCCCAGAUGUUGUAUUUCUAGAUUGGACGUGUUCGGGGAGGGAAACAGUUGCAGAAACAAUAGAAAGGUUUCGUAGUAUUUUCUGUAAUCAUUCGCAUUAUAUAUUUCAAGACUACACCCAAUAUUUAAUUAAAUCAUUGUUUUGUAUUCAUAGUUUUUAUUUUUCUUAAUGUUAAUUUGUACUUUAUCGAUUAUUUGAUGAAAUUGAAGCAGUUGAAGUAUGUUUCCGGAUCUA